AUGACUUUUGAUCCACAUCAAGAAAAGCUCAGCCGAGGUGAAGCAACAGAGUUGAUUCGUCAGAAAACUAUGCCUCCAUGGCACAAGGACUUUGUUGAGGAUAGAUCAUUCGAUCCGACCUACCGGCCUUCCAUGACGACGUUCGACUAUCACAGCUCAGAGAGGAGAUCAGUAGACCAGAGAGCAGCCGCGGGAUUCCAGAGGGAGAAUGAAGCACUCCGUUCAGCAGCUCGAACGGUGGAUUCACCGUUCACUGAUGAGAUUCUGAAUGCUCCGAGUCCGAGGAAAUUUUUCAUGCCCAUCCCCCAUGAGGACCCGCUGGUCGUAAGUUUAACAGUGGCCAAAUGCUUGGUGCGCAGAGUUCUAAUUGACCCUGGAAGUAGUGCGAACAUCAUGCCAAGAGAUACAUUCGAUCGGCUCGAGAUCAAACAGGAUCAGCUGAAAUCCACCGGGAAUCCGCUAGUAGGGUUUGAUGGAAAAGGGUGGAUCCACAGGGUUCGAGGUGUUCCUUCCACUCUGCAUCAGGUAAUGAGAUGCCUGGCACCAGACGGAACCAAAGUGAUUGACAUUCAUGGAGACCAAGUUGCAGCUAAAGAAUGUUACUCUGUAACGCUGAAACAUGCCGGAAAGGGGAAAGCUCCUAUUCGUUCAAAGCAGCGACGGUUUGCCCCCGAGCGCAACCGAAUUAUUGCCGAGGAAGUUGAUAGGCUGCUUGAUGUGGGGUUCGUAAGAGAAGUGCACUACCCCGACUGGUUAUCGAAUGUGGUCAUUGUACAAAAGAAAAAUGGGAAAUGGCGCAACGCCGGGGCAACUUACCAAAGACUUAUUAGCAAGAUUUUUAAGGAACAAAUAGGGAAGACAGUGGAGGAUUACAUUGAUGAUAUGGUGGUCAAAAGUAAGAAGAAAGCCGAUCAUGUGCAGCAUCUUCGAGGCGUGUUUGAUAUUUUGCGGCGGUAUGGAAUGAAGCUCAAUCCAACCAAGUGCUCGUUCGGUGUAAGUUCAGGCCAAUUCCUAGGGCACAUGGUUAAUCUCAAAGGCAUCGAGGCAAGCCCGGCCCAAGCAAAUGCUCUGACUAAGAAUGCCGAGCCGAAGACAAUCAAAGAGGUGCAAACACUUACGGGAUGGAUUACUGCACUGAGCCGUUUCAUUUCCGAAUUGUCAGAUCGAUGCAAGCCAUUUUUUGACACAAUCCGAAGCCACGGUAGGCAGGUUUGGGGAGAUGAACAACGCCUAGUGUUAACUGCUCUGAAAAAAUAUAUGCAGAACCUUCCGGUACUGUCAGCUCCAAAGUCAGGCGAGAAGCUGUUUCUGUAUCUCGGAGUAUCCAGCAUCGCAACAAGUGGCGUUCUGAUCCGCUAUGUAGAAGGGAAGCAAUAUCCAGUGUUCUAUGUUAGUAAAACAAUGACUGAGGCCGAAGGACGUUAUUCAAAGGCAGAGCGGGUGAUACUCUUGCUAGUGCAUGCGAAAAGAAAGCUCAGAAUAAUCCUGCACAAACCAGAUCUCUCCGGAAGAAUGACAAAGUGGGCCAUAGAGUUAAGCUCAUUUGAUAUCACAUACGACCCUAGAACAGCAGUCAAAGGGCAGGCGGUGGCAGAUUUUUUACUAGAAUGUGAUUCAGAAGACGUGGAGGAGGAUCUUUGCAUUGGGAUCAAACUGCAGACGCCAGAAGGUACAGCCUUAAGCCAAGCGCUCCGGCUUGAAUUCGCAGCCACGAACAAUGAGGCAGAAUAUGAAACGUUGCUAGCAGGAAUAAAACUUGCCAAAGAACUUAAGGUCAGGAAUUUGAAUGUUUUCAGUGACUCACAGUUAGUCGUUCGGCAGGUGAGGGGUGAGUAUAAAACCAAGGACGAAACGAUGGAAGCAUAUCGUUCUGCUGUUAUGCGGGAGGCACAGAACUUUGAAAAAAUUGAAUUCAUUCAAAUUCCGAGGGAGUGUAACGGAGAUGCCGACAGGCUAGCAUGUAGCGCCUCGGGUUCUGGAGAAACAUUGGCAAAGGUGGUUCCAGUGGGAAUAUUAAACCAGCCAUCCAUUUUCGAAGAGCCUUCAGGCUCAGAUCCUUGGGGGGAGAUCAUUAGCACACAAAGCAAUGGCUCAAGGGUACUUCUGGCCAAACAUGUCGCGAGAUUCGGAAGAAUUGUCCAGAAGGUGCGAUAA